AAUAAGUUGUUCGAACACGUUCAGUGACACGGCAGCUCACAGUAGUGUCCAGCAGGUGGCAGUAGUCUUCAUGUGAAGUCAUUACUACCUGCGUGAGAUCUCCGCAGAAGAAGAACUCCAUCGUCAGGCGGAGGAAGCUCCACGCUCUUUGCUCGGUUCCAGUUUCAUCUUCACGGCAUCAUGGAGGAAGAAGAGCCCUCUGUGGAUGGCGACAGGGAGAACUUUGCGGCAGAUCACUACGCCGCCGAAGCCAUGGCUGCAGAUAUGGAUCCCUGGAUUACUUUUGACUGCAGAAAAACUCCCAGGUCGGAGUUUGAUGCCUGGCUGGAGAGUAACCGGCCCUCCCAAGUGCACAGAUUUGGCGAUGAGGAGAGCGGCGUCAGCCCCGUGGGGUGGAUCUCUGUGUUGGGCCCUGGCCACCAUCCCUGUAGCGGGGACGUUGAGGGUCUCCAGGAGAGCUGGGAGAAACUCUUGGCCAGUAGCAGACCUGUCACCUUCCAGACGGUGAAGGAGCUGGCUCUCAACCACAGAGUGCUGACUGGAAAGUGGCUGAUGCACCUGGACUCUGGUUUCAAACUGGACCACGCGUGGGAGUGUGUGGCCAGAGCAACCCUGGAGGGCAAGAUCUGUAGCGCCAAAGUCAGCCCCUUUGACCCGAAAAGAGACAGCCGCCACGUCAUAUGCGUCUACAACAAAAACUUCACGGAUGAGGAGGACGUCAUGAGGCUGGACUCCAUCAUUCGCUCCACAGGGAUCAAGUGCCCGCUGUUCUACAAACCCGACGUUUACACAUACCUGGGAAUCUACCGAAAGAAUCGCUGGGAACUUUGCCCCACCAUUUACGAGAGCAAGUUCGACCUGGAGUGCGUCCCCAGGCGUUCACACAUCAUCAGCAAAGUCACCAACCUGGAACUGACAUAAACCGUUCUGGACGGCCAGCGAGUUUGGUGGGACUGACAGAAGAGAGGCCUUUUCCUGUUUACGGCCCUGCAGCCGCAUUUGCAGAUGUUCUGAUCUUCCUUUUAAUUUUUUGUAAAGAAAAAAAUCAAGCAGUAUUUCAUUUGCACUCAUUUUUUUGUUGGAGCUGAAAUGUGAAGUUUUGUUUCAGUUUAAAAGAAUCUCUUUUUUGUUGCUGGAACACCUCUAGAGUUGAAGUUGACGGUUUGAGAUAAUCUGAGCUUCGUUCUGUCUGCUCUGAAACACAAUCAGCCAAAUAAAAACAAGUUUGAAGCCUCUCUUUA